CUGCCCGCCGCCCGCUGGCCCUUCCGCCUCACUCAGCCACGGAGCUGGACGGGCGCGGGCCAUGCAGCGGACAGCAUGGAAAGAGCUCGCCCUGGCGCCGCUGCAGGACUGGGGCGAGGAGACCGAGAACGGCGCAGUGUACAGUGUCUCCCUGCGGCGGCAGCGCAGUCAGCGCCUGAGCCCGGGGGACGGGCCUCGGAACAGCCAGGCCCCUAGCCCCAAUGCCGACGCCUUCCUCCAUUACCGCACGAGCAAGUUUCGAGCACUGAGGGCGGCGCGUCUGGAGCGGCUGGUGUGGGAGUUGGUGUAUGGAGACCCCCAACAGGACCCGAGCUUCGUGCCUGCCUUCCUGGCCACCCACCGGGCCUUUGUGCCCACUGACCGAGUGCUGGACCUUCUCCUGCCACCACCACCGCCACCCCUGCCACCCUGGGUAGCGAGCAAGAAGACAGAGGGACAAGAUCUGAGCUUCAACAAGAACUUGAGGGCUGUGGUGUCUGUGCUGGGCUCCUGGCUGCGUGACCACCCUCAGGACUUCUGGGACCCUCCUGCCCACUCAAACCUAGGCAGUGUCCGCACCUUUCUGGGCUGGGCUGCCCCAUUGGGGACUGAGGCCCUGGAGGCAGAGAAGCUGCUGGGAAAUUUUCUGGAGGAGGCUGAGCAAGAGCAGGAAGAGGAGGAGCAGCCGGCAGCAUGGGCAGGACUUCCCGAAACUGUCCAGACCCCCAGCCCAGACUCCCAGGAAGGCUGCUUGGAAGAGGAAGAAGGACUGGUGUUGGAAGGCCCUGAGCUUCUGGAAUUCAGUGUAGACGAUGUGGCAGAGCAGUUGACGCUGAUGGAUGCGGAACUCUUCUUACGCGUGCGGCCCUGGGAGUGCCUGGGCUCCGUGUGGUCGCAGCGGGACCGUCCAGGGGCCGCAGGCACUGCCCCCACUGUGCGCGCCACUGUGACCCAGUUUAACAAAGUGACAGGUUGCGUGCUGGGCUCCGUGCUUGGGGCGCCCGGCCUGGCUGCCCCGCAAAGGGCGCAGCGGCUGGAGAAGUGGAUCCGCAUCGCACAGCGCUGCAGGGAUCUGCGCAACUUCUCCUCCCUGCGCGCCAUCCUGUCCGCCCUGCAGUCUAACCCUAUCUAUCGGCUCAAGAGCAGCUGGGGUGCUGUGAGCAGGGAACCGUUAUCCACUUUCAGGAAACUUUCGCAGAUUUUCUCUGAUGAGAACAACCAUCUAAGCAGCAGAGAGAUUCUUUCCCAGGAAGAGGCCACUGUGGGACCCCAAGAGGACACCCCCCUAGGAAGCCUGCCUUCAAAACUGCCCCCAGGCCCAGUCCCCUAUCUUGGCACCUUUCUCACGGACCUGGUUAUGCUGGACACAGCCCUGCCGGACAUGCUAGAGGGGGAUCUCAUCAAUUUUGAGAAGAGGAGGAAGGAGUGGGAGAUCCUGGCUCGUAUCCAGCAGCUUCAGAGGCGCUGUCGUAGCUACUGCCUAAGCCGCCACCCGCCCAUCCUGGCUGCCCUGUGUGCCCAGCGCCAGCUCAGCGAGGAGCAGAGUUACCGCAUCUCCCGUGUCAUUGAGCCUCCGGCCGCCUCCUGCCCCAGCUCCCCACAUGUACGGCGACGAAUUAGCCUCACCAAGCGUCUCAGUGCGAAGCUGUCCCGAGAGAGAGGUUCAUCCCCUGGUGGGAGCCCUGGGGACCCCUCAUCCCCCACCUCCAGGCUCUGCAUUUCACCCAGUCUAUCCCCAGGGUCCCCCCCAUCCAGUCCUAGAACCAGGGACCCUCCUUCUAGAAGUCCCCCGGCCUCUCCAGGGCCCCAGGGCCCCAGCACCAAGCUGCCCCUGGCCUUGACCCUGAGCUGCCCUCCCAUCCCCGUUGUGGGGCAGCAGGGCUUGGAGGUCCGGGUCAUUCGCGUCAGCAUCGACAAUGACCAUGGGAACCUGUAUCGAAGCAUCCUGCUCACGAGUCAGGACAAGGCCCCCAGCGUGGUGCAGAGAGCCUUGCAGAAGCACAAUGUGGCUCAGCCCUGGGCCCGUGACUACCAGCUCUUCCAAGUCCUUCCUGGGGACCGGGAGCUCCUGAUUCCUGACAACGCCAACGUCUUCUAUGCCAUGAGUCCAGCCGCCCCUGGAGACUUCAUGCUGCGGCGAAAGGAGCAGGCCUGGCACACAACCUCAGUCUCCCCAACCUGAGGUGGCCCUCUCCUGCCUCCAGGACGCAGGUCCCAUGGGCAGCUUCUAUCACCAUCCUCUCCCGGAAAGCUCCCAUUCCCCUAUAGAGCCAUUGAGUUCCAA